CAACUUAAAUUAAAAAAAAAAACCCGUACAAUCUGAUUCUUCUUCUCUCUAAUCUUGAGCCCUUUAUAAUGGAGAAUUAUCGAACAAAAUUUCAAUCUUCAUCUUCAACCCCAGCUGCAUCUCACUUGUCUGUAUUAAACAUGGCAAAUUCUCAUGCAGGAGCUGAAUUUCAAGAUCAAAAGUUAAAUCAGUUAAAUCAGUACAUGGGGCCGAUGGCACCUCGCACUGAAAUUCCUAUUUCGAACAUAAACAAUAUUGUUGCUCAGAGGAAUAACCUUGUAGAUGUUGGAACUGUAGAGGUUAAAUCGGACAAUAAAUAUAAGGUCGAGAAGAAAUCUCGAAAACCUAAAUAUGCUUUUCAGACAAGAAGUCAGGUUGAUCUACUGGAUGAUGGGUACAGAUGGAGAAAAUAUGGUCAGAAAGCUGUGAAAAACAACAAAUUUCCGAGAAGCUAUUAUCGUUGCACGUAUCAAGGGUGCGACGUCAAGAAGCAAAUUCAAAGGCUAUCUAAAGACGAAGAAAUAGUAGUCACAACAUAUGAAGGAAAGCACUCCCAUCCAAUGCAAAAAUCCAUGGAAAACUUUGAGCAUAUUCUCAGUCAAAUGCAAAUUUACAAUUCCCGUUAAGUACGAAUCAUCUUCCUCAGACAUGUAGAGUGAAAUGAACAUUUUGUAAAAUGUUAUCUUUUAUUUUAUACUAGCUAUUUAUUGGAAUAAUAUUUGUACGAUAUAUUAAUUAGACUUGGAUCAUUGUGUAGAACUGCAAAAAUAUUUUAACUUAUCUCUCUCUCUCUCAGUUUUAA